CAGAUUUCCCUCUCCCCACGAACAGCUCCUCGAUUGCUUGCCAAGCUGAGCCAGGUGCGUAAAGGCGCCGCCGCCGCCAUUCCUGGAAGGCGAGGUGGGAUCUCCGCCUCCUCCCAGAAAGAGCCAAGACUGCUUUGCCUCGACUGAAAGGCUGAGGCAGGACCUCUUCCCCGGCAGACACGCGCGAACCUAGACGAGGAGCUGCCUUCGAGGAUGGAGCCGUCGACCAAGAAAGAACCUUCUGCGGGGGAAAGAGAGGCUGCGGGAAAAGCCACACUGACCCUGACCUUCGCCCUCCGCAACGGGAGAAAAGCGGGCAUUUCUAGGGCGGCCAAAGUGUUCGAGGUGUUCGAUACUAAAAUCUAUCACCUUGAAAGCAGACCAGCUAAAGUAUCUAGAAACACUGCAGAUGACCUUGAAUUUUUCGUGAGAUGUGAAGUUCCUAACUGCGAGGUCAGCAGCCUCACUAAUUCCUUAAAGAGGGUGGCGGAGGAUGUGAAAGCCAACCAAGAAGAAAGAGCACCGUGGUUCCCAAAGAAAAUACGAGACCUUGACAACUGCCAUCAUCUGAUCACCAAAUUUGACCCUGAUCUGGAUCAUGACCAUCCGGGAUACACCGAUGCUGAAUACAGGAAGCGAAGGGCUUUUAUUGCGGACCUGGCCUUCAAUUUCAGACAGGGUGACCCAUUGCCAAGAGUUGAGUACACAGCCCAGGAAACGGCUACAUGGAGAGAAGUUUACCAGAAGCUAAGCAGUCUUUAUCCCACUCAUGCCUGCCACCAAUAUCUGGAGGCCUUUCAUCAGCUGGAAAAAUACUGCGGGUAUCAAGCAGACCGUAUCCCUCAGCUGCAGGAUGUCUCUGCUUUUCUAACAGAAAGAACUGGCUUCAAGCUGAGGCCAGCUGCCGGGCUUCUGUCGGCUCGGGAUUUCCUUGCUAGCCUGGCAUUCCGUGUCUUUCAGACAACCCAAUACAUCAGGCACUCGUCUUCCCCAAUGCAUUCCCCAGAACCUGAUUGCUGUCACGAACUGCUGGGCCACGUUCCCAUGUUAGCUGACAAAGAAUUUGCCCAGUUCUCUCAGGAUAUUGGGUUAGCUUCUCUUGGAGCAUCUGAUGCUGAUAUAGAAAAACUGUCAACACUCUAUUGGUUUACUGUUGAGUUUGGACUCUGCAAACAAAAUGGAACUAUUAAAGCCUAUGGAGCAGGUCUCCUGUCCUCCUACGGGGAGCUGAUGUAUGCUUUGUCAAAGAAGCCACAGUACAAACCCUUUGACACAGACGCGAUGGCCAUCCAGCCUUACCAGGACCAGUCCUUCCAGCCCGUCUACUUUGUAGCAGAACACUUUGAAGACAUGAAGUCUCAGCUCCAAAAAUACACCGUUAAGAUCAAAAAACCUUUUACUCUUCAUUAUAAUCCCUUUACCUGCAAUGUCGAGGUUCUUGACUCACCGCAGAAAGUGAAGGAAAUUGUUACCCACUUGAAAGAAGAACUGAAAACUCUCUGCCAUGCCUUUGAAAAGCUUUCGUAAAACAGUUGGCCUAAGCUAUCACAGUUAUAAGAUACUAUUUAGAGAAAUGUGAUUUACAGUGCAUUUGUAGUCGUUGACAGUUCCUCGGUCAAAGAGAAAAUGUAUUAGUUAGUAUUCUUAGUAAGGUAAAGGUAAAGGGA